AUGGCCGACCAAGAAAUGAGAGCGGUGAUUAGAAAUUAUUUUUUAAACGGUUCAACUAUAGCGAAAUGUAAAGAGGAAAUGGACAAACUUUAUGGUGGUCGAUCACCUAGUGCUAGUAGUAUAAAAUGGUGGUUUCAAAAAUUCAAACUUGGACGGACCGACUUGAGUGAUAGGCUAAAACCUGGAGCCGCUCAACAAAUUGAUAUUCCGUCUUUGGGACACUCUGUAUUGAAGGCCAUCAAAGGCGAUAGAAAAACUUCCUUGCGUGAAUUAUCAGGACAGUUUAAGGUUGGAUAUAGUACCAUUCAUAAGGUUGUUAAGGACCAUUUAGGCCUAAAAAAGCUAACUACCGUUGCCGUUCCUCAUAAUUUAUCCGAUGCAAAUAAGGAAGAAAGGGUUAAGUGUUCAACGGAGAUGUUGAUUAAUAUUUUAUCUUUAAGCAUGCCCCAAAGAGAAAAAUCACAUGGAUUUAAGUCCGGACUCCGUGGUGGCCACAUGAUUUCUUCACCUUCAUCUGUUGCGAAACAAAGUCCGAUUAUUCUCUGA